GGGCAACGCUCUUGGUUUGAGCUCUCUUUCCUUGUCACAGUUGUGGACCCAACUUUUCGGAAGCAGACGACGUGAACAUAACUUUUUUUUUUUUAGAGGUUUUAAGACCCGGAGCAUACAAUGUUCACUAAACUCUUCCAGCAGUGGAGUUUCGCAGUGUUUCUGCUGAGUUAUUCCGUGCCUUCUUAUGGGAGAUCGGUAGAGGGGAUCAGCCGCAGAAUCAAACGGGCUGUAUCAGAGCACCAGUUGCUGCAUGACAAGGGCAAGUCGAUCCAAGACUUACGAAGAAGAAUAUUCCUUCAAAAUUUAAUUGAAGGUGUUAACACUGCAGAAAUCCGUGCAACUUCAGAGGUUUCACCUAACCCUAAGCCUGCUACCAACACAAAGAACUACCCUGUCAGAUUUGGUAGUGAAGAUGAGGGCAGAUUCCUAACUCAGGAGACGAACAAGUCACAGACCUACAAGGAACAACCCCUGAAGGUAUCGGGGAAGAAAAAGAAAGCAAAACCUGGAAAACGUAAGGAACAAGAGAAGAAAAAGAGACGAGCCCGCUCGACCUGGCUAAAUUCUAGCAUAUAUGGAAGCAGUGUGACUGAGAGCCCACUCUUGGACAGCUCUGUUACUACACAUAUUCACACUUUACGGAGGCGCUGACAUUUUCAGCAAGAGAUUUUUGGCAGACGUAUUGCAGUAUUCUGUAAUAGUGAACGUAUGGGAAGUAUUAAAAUAUUUAUUACCUGUAAAUAUUGUAAAUGCUCAGAAUAAAACCUUUUUCCCCCAUUGCUCUCUGAAACUGCACAUUUGGUUAUUGUGAAUUUUCCUCCCGCCCCUUUUUUUUUUUUUUUUUUUUUUUGCUAAGGCUAAAACAAUUAUUAUUGUCACAUUUACCAUAAUUUAUUUUGUUGACUGGUGUAUUUAUUUUGUGAACAUAUCUUGGUGCUGCUGACUUUCUAUAUUUUUUGUAACAUAAUGCACUUUAGAUAUACAUAACGAGUACAUUGAUAACUGACAUAAAAUAUUCCUGUUUUGUGGUUGAUUUCAAUGAAUAUCUACAUACAAAUGU